AUGACUUCAAAUGGCUCCCAGGUCGCGGCGGACGACCACCAGCGUCGCCGCCGGAAGGAAGCUCUACGCCAACGGAAAAACAACAAGGGACCUAUAUCUUCUCGAUUGAUGCUUGAUAUUCGUCUAAAAGGCGAAGUCGGGGUUAUUUCAGAUGAGCUACUGGUAGACUUGUUUCCCCGUCGAGGCUCUCAUGAUGUCGAACUCUUCCCUGAGAUAAUCUAUGUCGCCUUGGCCCCCUGGGUGCCUAACUUCACAACCGUUGAAGAUGUUCAGUGGACUAUUGUCCCAGUCCACACGCAGGCCAGCGAAAAGGCGAAAGCUUCCUUCAUCUCAGGCGCUGCGAUUCACUUCCCUGUUGCCGCCAGCUCAAUUCAACCUUUCAUUCAAGUGCUGCAAGGCAGCGAUCCCUCCCGGUCCUCCUUCCUGCUAGCCCAGCGUGGAAUUGAGAUUCAUAUCGUUGAUGUCACGCCACUACAUUUGGACACUGUAUACGUUACGGUAGAGCGAAAUUUGCUACGAGAUAUUGAUGAGAUACAGGGCAAGUUCGGAGGAGGCUUCGGUACAAAGCCGCGUAUGUCCCAGGGCUUAUGGCCGAAAGGAAAAGGGUCGGCUUCGUCUCAUGAUCGUACGAUAUCCAAGGGGGGGAAACAUUCUGCCACGCAGAGAGAUGAGCGGUUGAUGGAGGCUAUACGCAGAGGGCUAGCUGAACGAGAUAUUUUGCAUAACGGCGAUAUAAUCCCUCUUCCUUUGCCUUCGCAUCCCAUUACGCAUGCUCCACCCCCGCCGGCAAGGAUUUCAUUCUGCGAACCUGUCGCUCAGGGACGGCUGAUACCAAAAACCAAGAUUGUGCUAUUACAGGCGCGAUCAGCACGGAAACCGCAAUCUAAAUCUUUAUCAACCUCUAGCCCUACUCAGCUUAAACGAGUUACUGAAGAUGAUACCGAAGACACGUCGAAUGAUAUGUUUUACUCUGCUGGAGAAGAAAAGGGGCUAGAGGAAGGCACUGAUGAAGGCACCGAUGCUGAGAGCCCAUCGCCUCCUGGUGAAUCUGAUACGGAGGCUUCGACGGAGAGUCGUAGUGAGGCAGAAGGUUCAGAAGAUUCAGAUGAUUCCGACGAUUCUUUGGAAGAUAUGAUUUCUCUCGCUGCCCCAGAACUACCACAGCAGCAAUCUGGAGCAAUGUCUGCCUUCUCCUCUGCCACUCCUAGACUCGGUGGAAGGUCCCUUGGAAUACACUCCCCGGGCUCUGUGUUUUCCAGCUUUACAUCCAAUACUGCUCGUCAGGGCAGACACUCCGGCAAAACAUUCAAGGCUGAAUGUCUCCUCGACCACAUACCCAAUGAGCUCCUCCAUCCAAAACCCCGAGAAGAGGAUGACCCUGAUGCAUUCAUCUUUGUUGAUGUGCACACCCUUGUCAAGAUAGGGUGCUUCUCUGGCGACUGGGUUCGUGUGGCUCCGACAGAGGAACCUCAACGAAAUAUGCUAUCCUCCUUAGCUUUUAGCGGUCUCAACGGCUUAAUGGGAAGCACUGAAGAACCCGAGAACUGGCGUGUCGCAAGGGUUUACGGUGUUACGGGCCUAUCUCCUCCAAAAAUCAGGUAUGCAAUGAACAAGUCGGCAGAAAGAUCGUCUAGCAUCUCACAGAUCCCUCCCCAUGGUCUCACUCCAACGGUCCUUUUACCUCCACUUCUCCUGCAUAACCUGCAGAGCCCUAGCUACGUAAAACUUUCUCCCUUGUCCCUUGGCCCAGCUCAACACGGCCCUUCGAAACUGGGACUAGCAGCCUCCCGUGGUAGCAGUGUGCCCAAAGCACCUCCUACGGCCAAAGAAGUCACUCUGUUAAAAAUAUCUACGCCUCUAUCUCUAGACAGAGCACUUCAGCCCGCCAUAUUUGCUGCUCUUAAGCAUCAUUUCGAAUCGAAACGGCGGCUGGUAAAAGCCGGGGAUAUGAUUGGAAUUAGUAUAGAUGAGGGACUUGGAAGGACUGUUUUCUCUGCGACCAAGAGCGCAGAUGCUGUCGGCCAGGAGGAUGAAUUACCUUCCCAGCUAGCCCUUUCUUCGGGUAAACCUAGUCAUUCCAGCAAGGUUGGCGUGGCUUGGUUCCGUGUCAGCCAUGUCACAGCUCCUAUGACCAGCACAGAGCCAGACGGUGCCCCUGACCAUGAAUUGUGGGGCGGAGUGGCAGCUAUUGAUACUCUCAAUACCCGAAUGGUGCAAGCAGGAAGUGAAAUUGGAACCGUUCCCGGAACUCUAAAGAACACAUGGGAGUACUGGCUCUCCGUCAAAUCGGCGCCACAGCCGAGUAUAGAGCAGAGUGCCACUCCAUGGCUGCAGGCGGACUCCCCUGCAGUUUUUAUAUCUCCAAUUCAGAGGCGUGUGAGAGAGCUGAUAGCCGCUGCUACAAGCCCAAGAGCCAUACAACUGGGACUAAAGCCAGUUGUUAUCCUUCUCACCUCUACGCAGAGAAAUAUUGGCAAGUCAACAGUUGCACGUCGAGCAUGCGCUGAUAUAGGUCUUCACACUUUCACCAUUGAUUCAUAUGACAUUCUCAGCGAAGGAGGGGCAAAUGGGGGAGAUAUGAAAACAGAGGCAUAUCUGAAGGCGAGAGCAGAUAGAGCGUUUGCCUGCGGUUCUGCUUGCACUGCUCUGUUGAUAGAGCACAUUGAAGUGUUGACGGCUGAUAGAAUUGUUACAUCCUUAAAAGAAAUUGUUUCAAGUUCUCGAGUUGUCAUUGCCACGACCACCGACGUGGAAAAGGUUCCCGAAGGGAUUAGAAGUCUCUUCACGCACGAGCUUGAAAUGACGGCCCCCGAAGAGAAGGAAAGAGAAGGUAUUCUUAGAAAUGCGGUGGCUGAUUUAGCCUUGCGACUAUCUCCCAAUGUUGAUUUAGCUUCGGUAGCUGUUAAGACAGCCGCACUUGUUGCUGGAGACUUAGUCGACGUUGUUGAAAGAGCUGUGGCUGAACGGACUUUACGGCUAGAGAAGCUCGCAGAUUCCGCCGCGCCUCCUGACGCAAAGUCAAAUGUCAGUGUCCGAGAUGUUCAAAUCGCAGGUGGUGAUGCUACUAGAUCUGUGACCAAGGCUGAUUUUGAUGCUGCCGUCGACGCUGCACGAAAAAACUUUGCCGAUUCCAUCGGGGCUCCAAAGAUCCCCAACGUUACCUGGGACGAUGUCGGUGGACUUAGCAAUGUGAAGGAUGCUGUCAUGGAAACUAUCCAACUUCCACUUGAACGGCCGGAACUCUUUGCGAAGGGUAUGAAAAAGCGAAGCGGUAUCCUAUUCUAUGGCCCUCCGGGAACAGGGAAAACAUUGCUUGCAAAGGCAAUUGCUACGGAAUUUUCUCUCAACUUCUUUUCCGUCAAAGGCCCUGAGUUAUUGAACAUGUACAUUGGAGAGUCCGAAGCGAAUGUCCGUAGGGUUUUCCAACGCGCUCGAGAUGCACGACCAUGCGUUGUCUUCUUCGACGAACUGGACUCUGUGGCACCCAAGCGUGGUAACCAAGGAGACAGUGGUGGUGUCAUGGACAGAAUUGUCAGCCAGCUUCUUGCAGAACUUGAUGGUAUGAGUGGUGGUGAUGAGAAUGGGGGCGGAGUCUUCGUUAUUGGUGCUACCAACCGCCCUGACCUAUUAGAUGCAGCCUUACUACGACCCGGCAGAUUUGAUAAGAUGCUCUACCUUGGUGUUUCGGAUACCCAUGAUAAGCAACUUACUAUUCUAGAAGCUCUGACUCGCAAGUUUAACCUGCAUCCGGACCUUUCGCUGAAGAGAGUUGCAGAACUCUUGCCGUUCACUUAUACUGGUGCCGACUUGUACGCACUCUGCUCGGAUGCCAUGCUCAAGGCAAUCACUCGGCAAGCUACUGCCGUGGAUGAAAGAAUAAAAGCUCUCCCUAAUGGACCAGUUACAACAGCAUACUUCUUUGAUCACCUUGCCACUCCUGAAGAUACUGCUGUAAUGGUCACGGAGCAAGAUUUCACUGAAGCGAAGAAUGAGCUGGUUCCUAGUGUUAGCGCGAAAGAGCUUGAACAUUUCGAACGAGUGCGGAAGACAUUUGAGACUGUUGACACCAAGAAGUCAUCCCUUUCUAGCGAGCAGAAGGCAAUCGAGGAUGUGCCUAGAGAUGAUGUGGAUAUCACAGCGGAUGGCUCCCUGACAAUAGGCGAAGCCCUCAACGCUUCCAACAAACCGACCGGAGAUGCCAAGGAUACCGGAGAAGACGAUGACUACAUAGUCAGAACUGAUCAUUUAGCCAGCACUGAGUCAUCAAAAUAA